AUGGUAACCAAGUCCUCCUCGGUGGCGGUGGUUCACGCGGGCCAGCACCUGUUCAAGGUCGUCGGCCACUCAACGAUCAUGGGCAGCUACACUGCGCUCACAUCCGACACCUUCCGCGUUGGUGAUCACGACUGGGCUAUCUUAUACUACCCGAACGGCGACGGUAGGGUCGUCGACAAUCAGUUCAGUUCGAUUUACCUUAAGUUGAUGAACGCCGGGGAAGAUGAAGUCAUGGUCUACUAUUCCUUCUGCCUCCAGGACCCCGCGGCACCGGCGACAGGUGAGAAGCACAAAUUGAAUUUCGCCCCCCAAAAUCCGAAGCUCUCAUCAACUCAGUUGACCUGGGGUACCAGCAAGUUCGUGAGUAAAGCCAACUUGGCCGCGUCCGGGCGCCUCAAGGAUGACUGCCUCGUGAUCAAGUGCACCGUCGAGGUUCCAGGACUGAUGGACAACCGACAGGAGGUCGAGGAUAACGACAGCGUCAUCGUGCCACCCUCAGACCUAAGUAAAGAUCUGUCUAAUCUUCUAGACAGCGGCCUCAAGACGGACCUGACCGUCAGGAUUGGCUGGUUCAAGAGAUUCAAGGUGCACGCGUGCGUGCUCGCUGCAAGAUCGCCUGUCUUCCGGGCCCAGCUGUGCGGCGCCAUGAUGGAGAGCAGAGAAAGCAGCAUCCGCGUCAAGGACAUGGAUGCCAAGGUUUUGGAGAUCCUGCUGCAUUACAUGUACAAUGAUCGUCUGCCGGAGUCUAUGGACGAGGCGACAGAAGAGACCACAAACAUGGCACAGCAUUUGCUCGUCGCGGCUGAUCGUUACGGAAUUGGAAGGCUAAAGCUGAUGUGCGAGAGCAGGCUGAGCAAGGCGUUAGAUGUCAACACGGUGGGUUUCACUUUGGAUCUUGCAGAGCAAUACCACUGUCAGCAGCUCAAGGAUUGUUGUCUCAGGUUCAUGACAAGAGACGGUGGGAGAUUAAGAGCCAUUGUAAACACCAAGGGGUUUGCUCAACUAAAGCGAAACCAACCACACGUCGCAUUCGAUAUUCUUGGACAAGUUAUUGCCUUAUUGCCGGCAGCUUAG